AUGGCUUUCGUUGUACCACUGAAAGAGAAGAGACUGUUGGAUGUGAAAGUAAGGGAGCUGCCUAGCUGCAUACUGAUGUGGGAUUUCUCCCCCACGGGUAUUGCUGGAGCAUUUCAGAGAAGUUACAACCGGUAUUACAACAAGUUCAUCAAUGUGAAUAAAGGGAGCAUCGUGGGGCUGCAAAUGGUGCUGGCAGCCUACGUGCUUUUCAAUUACUGCUUUUCUUACAAGGAACUCAAACACGAGCAGCAGCAUAAGUACCACUGA